AAAUGUAAUGUGAAUGACUGUUACAUUAACAUUUUUUCAAGUUAUAAGUAGCAGUAGUAGUUAAAGGAAGGACAAUGAGAUUCGGAUUCAGGAUGCUGAAUCAUUCUGCAGCAUGGUUACAUUUAUUUUACUUUCACCUCAUCAACAAUUUUGUGCUUUGUUAGCAGUUUACUUUCAUUGUUCUAAUUAGUGUCACAAUUUCAUGCAACAUUAGGCAUGUAAUUAUGUCUUAAAUAAAUUCACAAGGGAUUGUAGAACUAAUAAACCCAACAUUGCUAACGAGGCCCAGUGGACACAUCGAACCAUAAAAACACACUUUAAUUUUACUUUCUUCUUCACAGUUUUAACCUGUCUAAAUCAGUGAGUCCUAGACGCUGCUUGUGGAUUUAUUUGUUUUCAAAUAUGUUGAUAAUUGUUUUUUUCAAGCCAUACUUAUUUAACUUUUUGGCAGAAAUUUAUACCAUUCUCUUUUCAGAACCUAAGAGUUUUGAACUGGUAGCUUUGUGGUUUUCACAAACAGUUGUGAGUGGAGAAGAGUAUAAUCAGUUAUUCUUCUCAUGUGUCUCUGGAUGGCAAUAUGAGCACGAUAUUUAGCAACAGACAUAUUGAGACAUAGGCUCAGCCCUCUUAGGUACACUAUAUUCUUGUCUAUGCGAUAGUUUACACUCAUAAUCAACCCAAUAGGAAUUAACAAGCUUCCAUUUACCUAUAAAAUGUCUGCUGGAUGUUCAUUAAUCUCAUAAAAAAAACCUGCAAGCAUGUAGGUACUAUAUUUCUGAGCAAAUCAUCAUAAAUGCUCAAGGUGCACAAAAAACAAAUAUCACUGCAUAUUCAUUUUUUUUAUUCAUUCACCUGUUCCCACAAACUUCACUUCAAUUUCUCACCCAUUUCUAUAGUAAGUUUCUCACUCAUUGCCUCAGUCAAUCAUUCAGUCAUUCUCUAUCCAAAAUACUCAUUCAUUCAUUUAUUCAUUCAUUUAUUGCUGAGAUCAUAUUUUUUAAAUUUGGUCAUGAGUCAUUCAUUCACCUGUUCCCAUUCCCAGACAUUCAUUUAUCCCUCAGUCAUCAAUGCCAUACCUGAACCAUAUUAAUUUCUUGAGUCAUUCAUUCAAAAUUCCCAAACCAGCCCAUUAUUUGUCCAUCAGCCAUUCAUUCACCUGUUCACUUUUCCGAAGCCUUAUUUAUCCCAGAUACACAGAUGCUCAUUUAUACCUCCCUCAUUGUCUCGCCUAUUUCCUUCUCCACCCCUCGUUUACAUUCACAUGUCAUUAAAUCACGUACGUAAAGACUCACAAAAGUCACUGAGAAUGGCAAGUUAUAAACAAAUGAAUUGGACCAAUGAAAUGAACAUGAAUGAGCUUUUAUUUUGACUGUUCUAUUCCCCACAUACUCACAAAUGGACUUCAGGUAAGCCAUCCUUUGUUACGUUCACAAGCAUGUGCAGACACUUGCAAAGCCUUAAACACCGUCACAGAUGUGCUAUAAAGGCCAAUAGUGACCAGCUGCUGGAGACAGAGGAGGCUCUGAAGUGUGGUCACCCACACCCACUGUUGCCUUGCUUGCCUGGUGAGUCAGUAAAUGAGAGAGUGGGUAAGGGAGGGAGGUAGACACUGAUGCUAUUGGGGAUCAGUAGCAUGGUGGGUGCUCCUUUCCUUCCCAGUGCUCUACUCAUUAUCCCCCAUCCCGCUGCUCACUCACUACCUAUGAAUAGUCAAUAACAAACAAGCAAGCAGGAAAUGAGGGAGCAGAUGAAGGCGACCCGUCGACUGAUGUCAGCUAUGUUUAUUGAGAGCUGCUUUAUUCAGAUUAUCCCAGCAGUCCUUGCCGAAUACAUUGGAAAGUGCUGGGAGGAUGUUCCUGUGGGCUGGAUCCAAAGGACCUCAGGGAUCAGGAAAUGAAAGAAGGACCAUUUAUCAGAAGAUCAGAGAAUAUGACAUUCUGGACAAGAAGAAGACUGUGACAGCACUGAAAGCAGGAGAGGACAGAGCUAUUCUCCUUGGGCUUAGCAUGAUCUUCUUUUCUGUCAUGAUGUACUUCGUCCUUGGCAUUACAAUGUUGCGGUCAUAUUCAGACAGUGUGUGGACAGAGGAGUCAAGCUGUACCGUGCUAAAUGCAACUAUUAUUGGAGAGAUUAACUGUAGCUACAGCUGUGGAGCAGAGUGCCGGAAGAGCUCCAGAUACCCAUGCCUACAGGUGUAUGUCAGCCUGAACUCAUCAAGCCGAAUACUGAGACUGUCCCACAAUGAGGAAACCCAGGAGACCAAUUCUGAGUGUUUCUUUGUCCCUAAGUGCCGUAAAGACCACUCAACAAUGCAUGCUUUGGUACUGAACAUCUCUGAGCGUCUGAAGGCCCAGCAGCAGGUGCGUUGUUACACAGACCCAACAGAACAGCAGGACAGCGCCAUCCUGACGCGCCUCUACGGUAGUGCUGCCAUUCUCUCAUCGCUGCUGUGGCCAACAUGCACACUUGUGAUUGGCGUGCUCAUCGUUGCCAUGGUCAAGCUCACACAAUACCUUUCUAUCCUCUGUGAGCGGAUAAGCCGCAUUAAGAGGACUGAUCUCUCGGUACUUGCAUCUGCCUCACACUCCAUGGAGGGCAGCAAAAAGUGCAGCAGACCCAAGCGGGAUCAGAUUUGAACAGAAAAGGGCCCAAAGAUGAACGGCCAAAAGUGGAAUGAUGGACAGAUUAUUUGGCUGUACCCAGCUUUCUAUGCCUCUAUAAGGAAUAGAGACAGUAAUGACCAGUGACAUGUUUUUGAUAUGCCUCUGCCUUCCUGUCAAAUUUUGCUAAUUAAUCUGUAUUGCGUUGAAAAGGACAGACAUUUGUCUUGGACAAGGUCAAGAUUUUAGAGACUGAAAUUUGUGCCUGGUAUUGUGUUAACAGCAAAGGCUGUGUGAAGUCUAGCUGAAUAAAGUGUCGAUUAUAUUCACUUAAUAGUGUUUUUCAAACCUGGUCUUUUGCCUGGAGCUUUUAAUUUGCUGACCAGAAAAAAUAUCACACACCAAUAUACUGAACGUAAUUUACUCAUUCAUGAAAAAAUUAUUCAUAAAAGUUCACCAGGUUCACUGACAAGAUGAUGACUUACCUAACGCAUAAAUAACACAUUAAACUUAAUAAAAAUAAAUCUGUAACCAUAUAAUAACUCUGCUGAAUGUGUAAUGUGCACUUAGUUACAGUUUCAUGUUCUGCUCAGAUCUGAUGGAUGUUCAGUAAUUUCCACAUGAAUGCAAUUUCCAAAGCUCUGCUUAUUUUCAUGAAAAUCAAUAGCUUAAAUUACUAAACCAUCAAUAAGACCUAAUGGAGUUGUGCUUUGUCCUUGAUGACCAUUUCAGUCUGUAAUUAAUUCUUUAAUGGGUUCUGAAGUUUCUUAGUGGGAAACCAAUAAAUGUAACACAGAUCAAUACUGGUUUAACGGCAUAUAUAUAUAUAU